AUGGGAAUCAUAAUUCACUCAGUCUUAGCAACACUUUGCAUAUUCAAAGCUUUUGCUGCCCCUUCUUCUCAUGGGUCAAGUACACAUAACUCUGAGCUCAUCGUUGAAACGUCUUCAGGCUCGAUCCAUGGCUUCAUCAAUCACACUGCGCCUGACGUUCGCCAAUUUCUGGGCGUUCCAUUCGCAGAGCCACCCGUUGAAAACCUUCGUUUUGCGAAGCCAGAGAAGAAGAAGCCAACUGGCCUUGUCAAAGCCUUGAAGCUUCCUAACUCUUGCAUGCAGCAGUUUAACCCCAAUAGCUCCACCAUCUACACUGCGUACGAGACGGGCUUCUUGAUCAGUGGGGGAAAUUCCGAAGAUUGUCUUUACCUCUCGAUAUGGGCACCCAGACUUGAAAAUACCCGCUUACAGCAGCGGCCUUUGCCUGUUCUGCUCUAUAUUCCUGGUGGGGGCUUCACGAGUGGAGGUCAGGCUUCACUGUACAAGAUCCCUGAUCAAUGGGUACAACGAACACAGUCUCAUAUAGUCGUGAUUAUGAACUAUCGCCUGAAUGUCUUUGGCUUCCCCAACGCAAAGGGUCUAGCUGACCAGAAUUUGGGGCUGCUGGACCAAAGACUGGCUGUCGAAUGGGUACACGAUAAUAUUGCAAAUUUUGGCGGCGAUCCAGAGAGGAUCAUCCUGUGGGGUCAAUCUGCUGGUGCAGGCAGUGUCAGUGUCUACCCCUAUGGAUACCCCGAGAAUCCAAUUGUGGCAGGGCUUAUUGCAGACUCUGGUGGCUCUGGAAUUGUUGGUGGAAGUGACUCGGGGCAGACAAACUUCACAUAUCUAGCAGGACUUGUCGGGUGCAAGAAUCUUGGACCUGAUGACGAGAUCGCUUGUGUCAGGAAAGUGCCAGCUCAAGAUCUGGAGAACGCUCUAUCUUGGUAUUCUGGUAAUAACACAAGCCCAUCCAUCUCGUUCAAACCCGUCGUGGAUAACGAGACCGCGUUCGUCAAUUGGACUCAGAGGGUACUGGAAGGAAAGAUUGCCAAAAUUCCGUUGAUAAUAGGUAGCAAUACAAACGAAGGAGCUGGCUUUGUCUCUUUUACUCCUAAUGGACCUGGACAAGCAGCGCUGGACAAGGCGACAAAAAUUAUCAGCUGUCCCGUCGCAGCAGAAGUGAAGAACCGUAACGCCGGAGAUCUCCCAACCUACCGAUAUCAGUAUGCUGGUAACUUCUCCAAUGUCUCGCCUCUGCCAUGGUUUGGCGCUUAUCACAGUUCCGAAUUGCCUUUGCUCUUUGGCACCCACUCUGAAUAUGGAGGUGUUUCAACCAACUUUGAGUGGAAUGUGAGCUACGCGAUGGAGGCUUUGUGGCUAAGCUUUGCGGAGGAUCCGUCCCGUGGACCAGUGCGACUUGUUAUUGGCGACGGAGUUGCUGGAAAUCCUACGAAUACCAGCUUUUUUGCAUGGCCUCAGUUCCGGCAGGGCUCCUCGAAUAUGCUGUUGUUUGCUCAGCACAACAAGGUCAUGCAACUUGUAUCUUCAAAGAGUAUUGACGAUGGCUGCUCCAGCUCGUAA